AUGCUCCACACGGUCCUCUUGGAAGAGCUGGCUGCGCAGCCGGGGGGCCUCGUCGCCUGGCCGCUCGCGGCGCCGGAGCGCCGCGAGGCGGCCGUGGCGCGCGCCUUCGCGCGGCUGGAUGAGCAGCUGUCGUGGAGGCAAGCUGCACAGAACAGCGGCAGCACCUGCGUCGCCGCGGUCACGUGGCCCGAUGCCGGGGAGGGCCAGGAGGAGCCAGGCUGCCAGGAAGCGGCGGGUGGGAGCCAGAGCACGAGCCGCCGCGUGCUGCUGGCCAACUUGGGCGACUCGCGCGGCCUUGUCUUGCGCGCGAGCGUCGACAGUGGCAUGACCGAGCUGCUUGGGGAGACUACGGACCACAAGCCAGACGAGCCUGGAGAAUGGAGGCGCAUAGUAGAAGCCAACGGCAUCGUGACCACGGGGUUCGGUCCGGCCCGCGUGGACGGCGACUUGGCAUUGUCGCGGGCCUUCGGCGAUUUCCGCCUGAAGAGCAGGCCCGCGCUCCCCCCGGAGCGACAGAUGGUGUCCAUGGUGCCCGACGUCUACGAGUUCCGCUGUUGUCCUGGUGACGUAAUCGUGCUGGCCUGCGACGGUGUCUUCGACGUCGUGAGCAGCAGCGGCGUGAACGAUCUGGUUGGCAAGCUGCUGUUACGGUCCGAGGACCCCGCCGCGGCAGCCAGAGGGGUGGUGCUAGAGGCCUUGGACCUCGGAAGCACGGACAAUGUCAGCUGCCUGAUCGUGCAGGUCUUAAGGGAAAAUCACAUGUGGUCGAGGCGGGGAGGAGACGGAGGCGCA